GUUCACCGUAAUAGCCAACAUGGCGGCUAGUCGUCAAAAAGUAGAAAUCGUCUGUGGCUAAAUGACUAAUUUCUGUGAUUUACAGGCAUAAUUGAAAGCCUACAACGAAAUGGAUGGUUUAAGACAAAUCCUAGACCUUCUAUAACUAUCCAGAAGGAAAGAUUUGUCUCUGGAGAUGGAUUCUGGUGACGAAGACGACCGUGAGCCGCCCCUGUCUCUGACCGGGUUUCUGUUUGGAAACAUCGAUCAGAAGGGGCAACUUGAAGAUGACGAUAUUUUGGACCAGGAAUCCAAGCGACACUUGAAUCAGUUGAACUCCCUUGGAGGAUUUGGUAGCCUGGUUCAGGAGAUCACAGCAGAUACCGAUAACAAUGGAGAUGAUGAGCAGGACAGUCAGACAAGCUCAAGUGCAGGGAAACCGUCAUCCUUGCCGCAGAUUUGGAGAGGCGCCAAGCGCAGAAGAAAACGGCGCAGGCCAACGGGAGAAGAACCUCUGGAGGAUUCCUACGAGUGGGAGUUUGACUACGCACCCAUUCCUCCUCCUGACCAGUGGAUGUCUGAUGAUGAGGAGAAGAUGAUGCGCCCCAUGGAAGCUUUACCUGACACAGGUGUGAGGAAAGAGGCUUCAAAUGAUGACAACAGACCAGAGAUCCCUGAGUGGAGAUACGGCCCUGCCAGGUACUGGUACGACAUGCUGGGGGUGCCCGAGACUGGAGAGGGCUUCGACUAUGGCUUCAAACUGGCGCAGAAUUCUGACAGUGACAGUGGCAAUGAAGGUGAUGAUGAAAGAGAAGAGUCCAAAGAACCCCCCAAGCCCUCCGAACCUGAACCCCAGAAAGAAGAACCCACAGAGAAGACAGAAGAUCAGCCAGAAGACAUGGAGACCUCUGAAGAAGCAGAGGUGGUCCCAAAGUCUGAGUUUCCAGAGGAGGAGUAUUUCUACAUGGUGGCACAGAGGUCCUGGGAGGAUGAUAUAGUGUGGGACGGGGAACAGAUCAAGGAUAAAGUACUGCAGUCUAAAUCUGCAGCUAUGGCAGGAUGGAUCCCAACUAGUACCAGUAGGACUGCUCAGUCCUUCAGCUCGCAACAAGGUUUGAACAUCAAUGUGACUCUCCCAAACAGUAUACCCUCCACAUCGUCUGGAAAGAACCAGCAAGACCCAGAUGAUGAGCAGCUGUGGUACUCACUGUUCCCUGUGGAAAACCCUGAGCUGGUGUAUGGGAACUGGGAAGAUGACAUCAUCUGGGACCCACAGAAUAUGAAGGAGAUUCCGAAGCCCAAGGUCAUGAAACUUGACCCCAAUGACGAAAACAUCAUCUUCGGAAUUCCGGACGACCCCGACCCGCUUCCGGACGACACGCCCUCCAAGGACAAGAAGGAAGUCCGCCAGUCGACCUUACUGCUGAAAAAGAGAGGCUUGACCAAGCCAGAGUCCGACCAGUUGUCGGAACCAGGGAAGAAAAAGAAAAAUGUGUCCAACGUGUCCCACAAUGAGCAGAAAGACCCCUGGAACCUGUCCAAUGAUGAAUACUACGACCCCAAACACAGUCUGCAAGAGACAACACUAAGGGCUAGCAUGGGUGGCAACCUAGUGCAGCACUCAACCCCAGCCAUUGAGCUGCGCCAGCCGUUCUUCCCGACCCACAUGGGACCCAUCAAGCUGAGACAGCUCCACCGACCCCCCCUCAGGAAGUUCUCCCACGGACCCCUGGCCCAGCCUGGGCCUCACAGUGUCCUACCUCUCCUCAAACAGAUCAAGAAGAAAGCUAAGCUGAGAGAACAGGAGAGACAGGCCUCUGGAGGUGGGGAGGUGUUCUUCAUGAGGACUCCCCAGGACCUGACGGGGAUGGACGGGGAGAUCCUGCUGGCAGAGUACAGCGAAGAGUACGCUCCUCUCGUCAGCCAGGUCGGCAUGGCAACCAAGAUCAAGAACUUCUACAAGAGGAAAGCUGGCCACACCACCGGACCCCCUAAGUUUGAGUACGGAGAGACGGUGUACGCGCACACCUCCCCCUUCCUGGGCCCCCUGCACCCCGGGCAGGCCCUACAGGCCUUCGAGAACAACCUGUUCCGUGCACCCAUCUACCAACACAAGAUCCCCGAAACUGACUUCCUCGUCAUUCGCACCAGAGUGCAUUACUACAUCCGUGAGUUCCAAGGUCUGUUCUGUGUUGGACAAGAAUGUCCCCUGUAUGAGGUGCCUGGGCCAAACUCCAAGAGAGCCAACAACCAUGUUAGGGACUUCCUCCAGGUUUUCAUCUACAGACUGUUCUGGAAGAGCAAAGACAAGCCACGCAGAAUCAAGAUGGAGGACAUCCGUAAGGCCUUCCCAACACACUCGGAGAGCAGCAUCCGCAAGAGGCUGAAGCUGUGCGCUGACUUCAAAAGAACUGGCAUGGACUCUAACUGGUGGGUGCUGAAGCCAGAGUUCCGCCUGCCCUCUGAGGAAGAGAUCCGAGCCAUGGUGUCUCCUGAACAGUGCUGUGCUUACUACAGCAUGCUGGAGGCGGAACAGAGGCUCAAGGAUGCUGGGUAUGGUGAGAAGUCUCUGUUUGCUCCAGAAGAGGAGAAUGAGGAGGAGUUCCAGAGAAACAUAGAUGAUGAGGUGCGCACGGCUCCAUGGAACACCACCCGAGCCUUCAUCUCCGCCAUGAAGGGGAAGUGUCUGCUGGCCGUGAUGGGCGUGGCUGACCCGACAGGCUGUGGGGAGGGCUUCUCUUACAUCAAGGUUCCAAACAAGCCCCAGUCCUCCAAGGAUGACAACUCGCCCCAGCCCGUGAAGAGAACGGUAACGGGAACAGACGCGGAUCUGCGUAGACUGUCCCUGAAGAAUGCCAAGCAGCUGCUGAGGAAGUUUGGUGUGUCUGAGGAAGAGAUCAAGAAACUGUCAAGAUGGGAGGUGAUUGAUGUGGUGAGAACCAUGUCCACAGAGCAGGCCAGGUCAGGCGAGGCGGGGAUGAGUAAGUUUGCUCGCGGGACUCGGUUCUCCGUGGCAGAGCACCAGGAGAAGUACAAGGAGGAGUGUCAGCGGAUAUUCGACCUUCAGAACAAGGUCCUUUCCUCUGCUGAAGUCCUGUCCACAGAUGAGGAGAGCAGUUCUGCAGAUGACAGUGACUUUGAAGAGAUGGGCAAGAACAUUGAGAACAUGCUGGCUAACAAGAAAACCAGCCAACAGAUCACCCGUGAGAGGGAAGAGGCAGAGAGGAAGGAGCUGCAGAGAAUGAUCAUGGGGGAAGACACAAGCAAGGACCGAGACAAAGAUGACAAGAGAGAAAGUAAGCGCUCGUCGUCUACGGGCACCCCCAUUCCUGGAGCACGUGGUCAGGAUGAUGACUUAGAGAGCAUAGGCUCAUCCUUCACUGGUCGAAGACUGAAGAUCUACAGGACCUUUAAGGAUGAGGAUGGGAAAGAAUAUGUCAGAACAGAGACUGUCCGCAAACCCUCUGUCAUCGACACCUAUGUCCGCAUCAGGACCACCAAAGACGAGAACUUCAUUAAGAACUGGCUGGCCCAGGAUGAACAACACAAGGAGGAGAUGAGAAGAGAAAGAAGAAGAAUUCAAGAGCAGCUCAGACGCAUCAAAAGGAACCAGGAGAAGGAGAAGAUGGCUCCUCCUCCCAAGAAGAAAAAGAAGAAGCCUGACCAACCCCCACUCAAGUUGAAGUGCGGUGCCUGUGGACAGAUCGGCCACAUGAGAACCAAUAAGGAGUGUCCCCUGUACGAGAGGAGCCACGCCCCUCCCUCCCAUCCGGUUGCCAUGACAGAGGAGCAGGAGGAGGAGGUGGAGAGGUACACCAUCAAGGAGGAUGAGAACCUCAUCAAGGUGGAGGGCACCAAACUCAUCCUGGGGAAAUCACUCGUGGACCAGGCUGCUGCAGUCCGUCGAGAGUCCCUGAUUCUCAAGUUCCCCAAAGCCAUGCAGCCCAAGAAGGAUGAGAAGAAGAAAAGAAGGGUGGGGACAGUCACACACUGUGACUACCUAAAGAGACCCAAGAAGUCGGCAAACCGGCGCCGUACGGAUCCCGUGGUGACACUGUCGUCCAUCCUGGAGAACUUCCUGAACGAGAUGCGAGACUUGCCGAACACCUACCCCUUCCACCAGCCCGUCAACCCUCGCAUGGUCGUGGACUAUUACAAGAUCGUUCACCGACCAAUGGAUCUCCAAACUAUGAGAGAGAAACUGCGGCAGCGGCAGUACCACUCCCGUCUGGACUUUGUGGAAGAUGUGAAACUCAUUGUUCACAACAGUACCCUGUAUAAUGGUGCGAAGAGCCCACUGACCCAGAUAGCACAGGACAUGCUGGGCGUGUGUGAGAAGAGAGUAGCUGAGAAGGAGGACAAGAUCACCCGUCUGGAGAAGGCCAUCAACCCGCUCCUAGAUGAUGAUGACCAGGUCGCCUUCUCCUUCAUCCUGGAGAACAUCAUCACUCAGAAGAUGAUGAACGUUCCCAAUUCUUGGCCCUUCCACCAGCCAGUCAACAAGAAGUUUGUCCCUGACUACUUCAAGGUCAUCUCACAGCCCAUGGAUUUGGAGACACUCAAGAAGAAUGUGCAGUCGCACAAGUACCGUAACCGUGAUGCCUUCAUGAAGGACGUAGACCUGAUCCACAGGAACAGUGUGAAGUACAACGGUGCAGACAGCCCCUUCACAUGUACGGCUGAGGAGGUCGUCAGGUCAUGUAAGGAAACUCUGGAUGAGUAUGACGAGCACCUGACCCAGCUGGAGAACGAUAUCCGCCAUGCUCAGGAGGCCGCCAUCGCUGCCGCCAUGCAGGACGAGGACCAAGAUGGCAGCAACCUGCCCUCCAACCCCAACAGUCCUCAGCCUGGUGAUGUAGACAUGGAGGAGGACAGUCUGCUGGAUAACACCACCACAGCCCAUGAUGAGAGCUGGGAGAGUGCCCCGCCCACGGAGCCCCAGCCCGGCCCCUCCAGGGAGUCUGUGGGAGACGCUGACUUCAUCGAUGUGGUGGGAGACGAGGAGGCCAUGGAGAUGGACCGGUCCAAACGUGGCAGGGGGGAGGAGGAUACAGGUAAGCAGGAGGACACCCUGAUGGAAGACCUGCUGGUGUCAGAGAGUGAGAGUGAUGCUGAGAGCGACCUUCCCUACACCAGACAGGACAGUGAUCUCUCAGACUACUACGACCAAGGAGACAAUGGUAGCAGCCGCCCUGUGUCCGCUGCCUUUGAGAGUUACCAGAACGAAGACUCCAACUUUGACUACAGCUAUGAUGUGGAAGAUGAAGACAGCCGUCUCCCCGACGAGGACUCCAACCUCCCCACCGACCUGAACCUGUCGGAGGACGAUGAGGAGGAGGACUCUCGCUAUGCUGACGACAACGCCCAGUUCCCCGACAUGAGUAACCAGUACUUCCAGCAGCAGCCCGCCGCGCAGCGCUCGCUCCAGUUCAGCGACCAGUUCUUCGAGGAGGUGAACCAAGCGGCCGUAGGGGAUUCCCUACAGCCCACAGAGGGGUUGGACACCAGGGACCUGGUCGCACAGGCCAUGGCUGAAAUCGACAACAAGGAGAGCGAUGGAGAAGACUUUGUGUCAGUUGGAGGAGACCUUAGUGAGGAGAGCUCAGACCCAGAUGUGUAACAUCUACCACAAAUGUCACACUAUCUAAAUUGUAAAACAUACAUGUAUAUACAUACGUAACAUCUAUAAGAUGGAGAGUAGGGACACAACAUGCCUGCUUGUCAUUCUGUUCAAAUUAGAGAACUGUAACAUAACAUCAAUAUUGAGAGAUCUUACAUAGAAACAUUAGAAAGAUGUAGCAAUCAAAAUUGAAAUAUUAUUUUCUCAUGAAAA